GCAAGACAGUCACAUGGAUGAUUCACUCACUGUAGGUUUAAAUGAAAUUAAAAGUGGUAAAACGGAUUAUGAUGACAUUUUUGUAGCUAGAUCUGAAUAAUGCUAUUGUUAAUCAGGGGGACAAGGAAGGAGGGAGCAGUCAGUGGAACCCUGGUGUGUGAGAGAAACUGAUGAAAAUGGUGGAAUGGUCACAACCCAGACAUGCAGCUCGUCCAUGUAACUGCACCGCAUAUAAAUGGUUUCUGUGGACUCUAGUUCCAUCAGGACUUCAGCAAAGUUAACCCUAGGCAGACAUGGCUAAAAGAGACUAUCUGGUGGAUGCGGCCAAGCAGAUCCGCAUGGCCCUGGACAGGGAAGUCAACGAGGACUACGAAGCUGCAUUUAGCUACUACAAGAAUGGUGUGGACCUGCUGCUGAAUGGAGUUCAAGUGGAUCCAAAUAAAGAAAGACGUGAGGCUGUGAAGCGGAAAACCACUCAGUAUCUGAAGAGAGCAGAGGAGAUCUUUAACUCUCAUCUACAGUACAACUUCAGCAAAGAUACCACACAAUUAGGGGGUUACAGCAGCUUAAGAUUCAGGUCUAUCAGACAUCUGAGCUCACCCGUGGAGGACCUGGAGAUGUGUAAGGUGGUGGGGAUUAUUGAUAAGGUUCUGACUGUCCAAAACCUGAUUAGCAAGGAGACAUUUGUGAUUAAGAGCCUGCCUAAGUCCAGCUGGGAGAACCGAGAGCGUUCCACCAUUAUCCCUCAGGGUGUCCCGUUCAUGGUAAAGUUACUGAGGUACUACGUCAGUGAGGACUCUGUGUUCCUGCAUCUAGAACAUGUUCAAGGUGGAAAGCUGUUCUCCAAACUGCACCGGGUCAGAAGUGAGGUAGCCAGAGAACAUCCAGACUGCUCCACCCCUAACCAGCACAAGUUCCAGCUAAAGAACAGCUACACCUCGCCUGCUCUCACCCAGCUGUACCACAUGAAUGGAGAACACCACCAGGGAAAUACCGCCGUAUUUCCUGAGAGAGAGAACUUGGAAGGCUUAGAAACGGACACACUGUCUUUUUGGAAUGAGGCUGAGCAUCAGCUCGACAGCUGUGGCACACACUCAUACUGUGAGGAAACAGGAUGCCUGCAGAAUUCCCGGUCGGAAAAGGCUGAAUUCCAGCAAAAGCAGUCCUCUAACCUUUAUGCAAUAAGGACCGAGUCUUUUUCCAGUGCUAAUCCUGGUGGUCAGCAAGAUUGUCUUAUAUCUCAGGACAGUUUUCCACUUCCUGUUCAUCCCUGUGUGAUUGUGGAUACUCGAGAUCCACUCAGUGUCACGACCGAUCUUUUAGGAAAUGACGUCCAUAUUGAGCGGAUUGACUCGAGCUUAGAUUUCGAUAAAGUAUGGACUGCUGUACCAGCUCAGGAACUGGGUUUAACAGGAACUAGGUCAAAUACAGACAUUCUUGGAAUCAGUAGUGCACCUCAGAUCACACUGAGCUCUUUAUUUGACACCACACAGCCAACUCUGUGUAGCACGGUCAACGUCCUUCCACAGAAAGUUCGUAUAGUUCCCAACACCCUGCCUUUAUCCUCACAGAAUCAAAAACAAGAUGACAUUACUCAUGGAAAAACUGAGAGCUCCCAGUGUAUGGCAAGCUUAAGCUCAGGAAAUUCCCAAGCAGGCACAGAGUACUGCAAUGGAACGCGAUCUACUGUGGAAAGCAAACUACUGAGACCUUUCGCCUUGGACUUCAUGACAACAGCUGCUCAGGUGAACAAUACAAGUAAAGACGUGGAAAGAGAGUCUGUGGAGGCUGGAGAGGAGACCUGGGAACUCCUUAGCCCACUGUGCUCAGAUAAAACACAAGAUACGUUCUUCACUCCUCACUCUUCUCAGGAGGAGCAGCUUAUAGAAGUCGACGGCUGGUGUCACUUGCCUCAGUUUAGGACGAGGAGCCAGAGUGUGAAGCAACAGUCUGGUCGAUGGGGUCUUCCUGAAGGAAAGGUGCGAAUGUGGGGAGCGCAGAUCCUGUUGGCUCUAGAGAUUCUUCAUGAACAAGGCAUCGUGUGCCAGGAUCUCAACCCCAGGAACAUCCUGCUCAAUAGCAAUGGAAAUGUGUGUCUGACUUACUUUGGACAGUGGACGGAGGUUCAGUCGGAAAUUAGUCCUAAAGCUAUGGAGGAAAUGUACUGUGCCCCAGAGAUUGGGGGCGUAUCCAAAAUCACAGAGGCGUGUGACUGGUGGAGUCUGGGAGCUUUACUGUAUGAACUUCUCACUGGAAUGCCCUUGUGGCAGUGUCAUCCUACAGGUGUACAUCCACACACACAGCUACGUAUUCCAGAUCACCUGAGCACGGCAGCCGCCUCGCUGCUCUCAGAGCUCCUUCAGUAUGACGCUGGAUAUCGACUGGGCUCUGGAGGUGGAGGUGUGAGUGACAUUAAGUACCACCCCUUUUUUAACUCUGUUCCUUGGCACACACUGGCCAGUUAAUGAAUACAGGGUGUGUUAUAUGAUUCCGACACCGAACACCUGUGGUUCAUGAGAAGUCAAAGCUCAAACAAAUGCCUUUACUGCCCCCCAGUGGUAUGUGACGCAAGUACCAUGAGGAUCUCCAAACCAUCAGCUAAACACUAAAAAACAAAUAGAUACAUUUUUUUCAGUCAUUGCUGUGGUUAUGAAAGGAACUAAUUACAGGACCUUACAGCACAUGUAUGGGGUUAUUGUAAGCAUAUACCUACAUCUCAGGCAUUUAAUUAUUGCUGCACCUCUGUAUGACAGAUGUACAAGUGAUAUGCAAUACCAUUACAUUUGACCUUGUUUAUCAAGCAUGUGAUGUAAUGUCAGUCCAUUUUGCCAGUACAGAUUUUAAUGAUAUUUUGGACAGUCAUGUCAAACAUUUGUGCCUCAAAUGAUUACUGUCUGCAUUAAGAAUAAUUUUUAUGCUCAUGAAAUGAGCUAACUACAUUUUUAUCCAAAGCAAAAAUAAUAAGAAUUAAAAAGAAAAAAAAAGAAGAAAAAAAAAA